AUGAAUAUUAUGAUUAUUAUUGUUGUGGUGUUUAUUCUGGAGACUGUGAAUGGGUGUCCACCACAGCCACCGGGAAAUUGUUAUUCAGGUUUGAAAAUUUCAGAAAUAUUUUAAAGGCACACUGGUAGUUUUUAAAACGAAAUUAUGAAUAAUUUAAAAAAAAAUCAAUUUUUAUAUUUAUCAAAUCUCCUAUAUUCUAUGGUAUUUUUUUUAAAGGCACAUACACAUUGGCGGCGAGUUCUGGAGGCUUCCAGAAUCAAGCAUGUGGAAAUGUGAUAAAUCGAGAAUGGUGCGCCGUUUCGUAAGUCUCUUUUCUUCUAUUUUUAGAGCAGGUGUAAAUGCGGAGUGUAGUUUACAAACAAAUACUUGUAGAACUAGUAGUACUUGAAAAUACUUGACAUUCAUUCAUUUUUGGAAAUUUAAUUUACACUCUAUUUGAGUAUUUUAAUUUUUGGUGAAAAUGUUUGCUCCGAGGAAUUUUAAUAACUAUGGUUAUAAUGGCUAUAAUAGUUAUUAUCAAAAUUAUCCAAGAAUGUCGAAUGCAGAAUAUUCAAGGUUUGAAUUAUUAGUUCCGAUGUAAAGUUAGAUUUUGAAGUCAGAUUCUGUGGCUCAAAUUAGUUUUUUGAAAAAAAAACAAAAUUCUGAAUAAAAACUUGGGAACAUUUUAUUGUAUAAAAAUGUUCAAUAAUUCCCAAUAUAUUCCAGAUACAUGCCCGCAACUCAGCAGGCGAAUUUCGGUUGUGCCAACAAUUUUCAGCAACAAAUUGGUGGCCCAAUUUGUGGUGAUGGGCCAAAUUUUAUCAAUCAACAAGGAUGUAGUAUGGUGAACACUGAAAAUGGACCCUGCUAUUUUUGUUGUUGUAAAGGUGGAAGUUGCAAUGAUCCAAGGGUAAGAAAAAUCAAGUUUCAUUAACUGUGCCACGUGGCAUUUUUAGACUCAAAUUCUAUAAUUUAAAGCAGACUAGAAGGGCUUCGCUGGCUAACGCCAUCUACAGUAGUUUGACUUACUUUUUACUGAUUAAUUUUCCGGUCAGGAAAAGAGAAACAUUGAGAAAUGCCCAAAAUUGUUGACUUUUUCAGAGAAUAGAACGAUCAGAUAAGAAACGUGUCCUAAUAUUUUUUUCGAAUAAAAACGUGAUCAUUCUUUUUUACAUGAAAAAAGUUUUGAAUUUUCACGUGAAAACUCGCGCAUUUUUUGAAAAAUUGAAUAUUAGCGCAUCGAUGGGAAAGAAUUUAUGAUAGAAUAGUGAAGGUCCCAUCAAAAAUGGUCUUCUGGAAAUUGAGAAAAGUCGAGCGACACAUUUUAAAAUCGAAAAAUACAUUGGAGUUUUCAAACUUUUCACUCUCCGCGCACCCACAGACAUUUUGAUGGAGAAUUUUUGAAACGCGCAUCAUUGUGCCACCAUUUAGAAACUUUUUCUUUUUUUGAUCAUCAAUUUUUAUGCGCACAGUUUUGAGAACGGACCGCGGACAGACUCUUGCCAAAAAAUUUUCCCAAUUAGUAUAUAGUAGAGUAUAUAGUAGAUACUUCAUUAUCAACUUUUUGAUUGAAGAUUUCAACUUCCCUAUAAUUUUCUAUUAUCUAUAAAAUUACAGGUAUUUGCUCGAGAAGCUGCAAAACUUCCGAUAAAUUCCGGAGGUCAAAUGAUUGGAGGAGGUGGUGGAUAUAUAAAUCAACCAUCAUAUCCAAAUUCACCAUUAUAUUCUAUGCCAUGGUAUAAUAGUUCGAAUUCUCUUUCACCAUUUUUAACCCUUCUUAUUCUUCUUUUUCUAGGUUUUCGAGCAGUUUUUUAA